CUGAAUCUUGAGGUCGGCGUUGAAGUUUGUUGCGUCAAGAAACAUUUUUCUGUCAAGAAAAGGUGAAAAGAGUCGUCAAGAUUUCUCUCCGAGCUAAGCAGUUGAAGACGGUGCAGGUUAAAUCCCGUCGCGCUGUCCAUGCUAUGAACAAUAUGUCUCGUGGGGCAUUGCUCGUCAUUUCUGGCAACUCUCACCCGGAGUUGUCGCGCCUCGUUGCAGCACGUCUUGGUGUUGAACUUGGCAAUGUAGAUGUAUACCUCCAGGACAAUAAAGAAACCAAAGUUGACAUUGGAGAAUCUGUUCGAGGCAAAGAUGUGUUUGUCAUCCAGACGGGAGCAAAGGACGUGAACAAUGCCAUAAUGGAGCUCCUGAUCAUGGCGUACGCCUGUAAAACAUCAAGUGCUAACUCGAUUGUUGGGGUCAUACCAUACCUUCCCUACAGCAAGCAGAGCCAAAUGAGGAAAAGAGGCUCCAUUGUAGCCAAGCUCCUAGCCACUAUGCUCUGUAAAUCAGGGUUGGACCACAUCAUCACGAUGGACUUACAUCAUAAAGAGAUUCAAGGAUUCUUUGAUGUACCUGUUGAUAAUCUCCGAGCCUCACCCUUCAUCUUGCAGUACAUCCAAGAACAUAUACCAGACUGGAGGAAUGCUGUGAUCGUCGCCAGAAACCCAGCUUCAGCCCAGAGGGCCACGUCGUUUGCUGAGAGGUUGCGUCUCGGUCUGGCUGUGAUCCAUGGAGAGCAGAAGGUCCCUGAGCAGGACAAGGUUGAUGGGAGGCACUCACCGCCGACAGUUAGGACAUUCUCUGGGCACAGUCUCGAUAUGCUCCCAUUGUUCACCCCUAAAGAGAAACCUCCUAUUGACGUCGUUGGUGAUGUCGGAGGUCGUAUUGCCAUCAUUGUGGAUGACAUGAUUGAUGAGGCAGAGUCCUUCGUUGCCGCUGCCGACGUCUUGAAAGAAAGAGGAGCUUACAAGAUCUACGUAAUGGCCACCCACGGCAUCCUGUCGGCAGACGCCCCAAAGAAAAUCGAAGAAUCCUGUAUAGAUGAGGUUGUGAUCACCAACACAGUACCCCACGACCUCCAGCGUUUCCAGUGCACCAAAGUACGCUCUGUUGACAUCAGUCUUGUCAUUGCUGAGUCCAUUCGUCGCAUCCACUACGGCGAGUCGAUGUCGCAUCUCUUCAAAAACGUUCCUGUUGAAGACUAGUAGCGAGAGAGUUCCUAAAUGUGUGUUCUCAAGAGGCUGUUGAGUAGCCCUUAUCCCUUAGAGCAAGUUCGAAUGCGCACAUUUCAGUCGACCUGUUGUUGACCACUGACCACCAACGUACAUGCGCAGUGACGCACUCACUGUAACAAAUUGUUUGGAAGUCUAGUCAGUCAUCGGUAUCACAGUGCUAUUCAACACUUUCGUUGCCUUCCGCCGUUUUGCUGUACUGUCGUUAAUUCCCUUCAGCGCUUUACACAUGUUAGCAUGGAGCAGGCUAUCGGGACCACAGAAGAAACCAUGGUCCUUGGGCUGGUUCUAAAUGGUCAAUAACAGUAGUCGACCAAUGGUCAACCAGCCUAGGUUUGAGACAAAAUAGUCGACCUUUAGUUAACCAUGGUGCACACUCGAACUUGCUCUGAGUGUAUUUGGCCAGAGACCCUCCUAAAGUCCUCCAAUAUCCUCCACUCUAUGGUAACUCAACACCAAAGUGUUUGGACUUUGAUCCUGGCCCAGUGAUAAGCAUUUUUUAUUUGGGUCGAUUGGCUCAAGUCAUCAUCACGAUAAUCUUGGUUGCGCCAUUUCUGUAGUCACUAUUUUUCAAAGUAAUUCACUGUAAGGCAAAUACCCUUAAGGUCCAUUAAGAAGAGUCAAUGUUAAACAAAUAGAAAACAAUUAUUUAAGUUUAAUCAGGAAUGAAAUUGACAAUCUUGGCCUUCUAGGUAUUUUGUCUUUCCAUUUGUAAAAAAAAUACACAUAUUUUUUUAAUAAAACUGAAAUUUUGGUUUUCAGUUAUUUCUUUUGACCCACCCACAAUUUAGAAGAAUUGUUUUAUAAACAUUGGCCCCUUAAUGGCUCCUUACACAAACAAAAUCUGUAAACCGACAGACCAAUAGU